AUGAUUUUGCUAAUUAUCUCACCCCUUAUCCAAACAUCUCAAGCUGAUGUUGGGACUGCUGCCCAGUACAGUCCUCCAUAUUUACCCACGAGUUGUUACAGUGAGAGUGCGUCGCAGUUUCCGUCGAAUAAUCUGUUUGCGGCGGCUGGAGAUGGAAUCUGGGAUAAUGGGGCUGCUUGCGGGAGGCAGUACAUGGUCAGGUGCAUCAGUGCUGCAGUUGCUGAUUCUUGUAUAGCUGAUCAGGUAAUUCAAGUGAAGAUCGUCGAUUCUGCUCUAGCAUUGAGGUCUCCACCCUCAGCUAGUGGCACCACCAUAGUUUUAUCGGAGACAGCUUUUGGGACUAUUGCAAAUAAUUCAGCAGCCCCUACUUCCAUUAAUAUGGAGUUUCAACUACCUGGUCAUGUGAUGGAUAACUUAAAGCUAAACAGAGGUCUGCUUCCAAUGCAAAUGCAAAUGGAUAUAGAGGUUCCAAGUUUACCUUUGAUGGACACGGAUGUUAUUAAGAUGAGUUCGUAA